AUCUCCGGUUCCAUGGGUCCCUGGCUCGCGUCGCAGAGGGGCAGUCCCGCAUCCAGGGCCCGCCACCUGGCCCGACCGCUGCUUACCGGCCCAAAACCCCUAUCCUCCACUCCUUCAAAAUCCCCUGCUCCUGCCUCUCCUCUCCCCCCAUUUCCCCCCUCUCUCUCCCUUCCCAAUCGCCGCCAUGCCGGACGAUCUCGCCGACGACCUACAGAGCAUGAGCUUCGGCUCGUCGGACCGCUCCGCCUCCGAGACUGUCUCCACCACCUCCACCGGCUCCGGCUCCUCCUCCUCCUCCGGUCCCAUCAAGCCCCACUCCGCCGGCGAUCCCUGCUUCGACGCUGUCCGGCGUCUCAGAUCCGAUGGCGGCGGCGGGACGCUCGCGCUCUCCGAUCUGAGAUUCGUGCAGCGGCUCGGAAGCGGGGACAUCGGGAGCGUGUACCUGGCGGAGCUCAAGUGCGGCGGGCGCGAAGGAUGCGUGGUGGCCGCGAAGGUGAUGGACAAGAAGGAGCUGGAGGGGCGGCAUAAGGAGGGGCGGGCGAGGACGGAGAGAGAUAUCUUGGAGAUCUUGGACCAUCCUUUCCUGCCGAACCUGUACGCGAUCGCGGAGAACGAGCGGUGGUCGUGCCUCCUUACUGAGUUCUGCCCCGGCGGCGAUCUCCACGUCCUCCGGCAGCGGCAGCCCCGGAAGCGGUUCGACGAGUCCGCCGUCAGAUUUUACGCGUCGGAGGUGGUGGUGGCCCUCGAGUACAUCCACAUGCUGGGCAUCGUCUACCGCGAUCUCAAGCCCGAGAACGUCCUCGUCCGAUCCGACGGCCACAUCAUGCUUACCGACUUCGACCUCUCCCUCAAGUGCGACGGUCCCACCUCCACCACCGCCCACCUCAUCUCCGACCACAACCCCCGCCCCGCCCCGCCCUCCUCCGCCGUCUCCGCCUCCGCCCCCGACCACCACCACCACCCCGCCGCCUCCUGCAUCCUCCCCAGCUGCAUCGUGCCCGCCGUCUCCUGCUUCCACCCCAAGCGCCGCCACCGCUGGAAGCUUGGCCGCCGCGGCAACGCCAGCGGUCUCGAGUUCGUCGCCGAGCCCGUGGAACUCCGCUCCUUAUCCUUCGUCGGCACCCACGAGUACCUCGCCCCGGAGAUCGUCUCCGGCGAGGGCCACGGCAGCACCGUCGACUGGUGGACCCUCGGUGUCUUCAUCUUCGAGCUCCUCCACGGCGUCACGCCCUUCAAAGGCUCCGACAACGAGCUAACGCUCGCCAACAUCGUCGCCCGGGCGCUCGAGUUCCCGAAAGAACCCUCGGUGUCGGCGUCGGCGAAGGACCUUAUCGCCGGGUUACUAGUCAAAGACCCGGCUAGGCGGAUGGGGUCCACGAUGGGCGCGACGGCGAUCAAACGGCACCCGUUCUUUAACGGCGUCAACUGGGCGUUACUUAGGUGCGCGGUCCCGCCCUAUGUCCCGUCGCCCUUCAGUAUCAGUGGUAGCAGCCGGGACGUGUCGGACGACAGCAGUCCCGGCACGCCGGUGGAGUACUAUUAGAUCGUGUCGGGUGGAGCCAAUUUUACUUUUGUUUGGUCCGAGAGAAAGGGACCGUGUAGCCUGGAACGGAGACGUGACCGGCUUCCAGACUGGGCUACAAGCUCAGUAUAUUUUGUGUCACAUAUUUGGAGAUAAAAGAAGAAAAAAAAAAAAAAAAGAAGAAGCACGUGUACGGCGGGGAUGCGACGGGAUGGCUGGGGAAAGGGGGCGAGGAGACACGAUGAGAGCAACCGCGAUGACGCCCAGUGUUUGGUGUUGUUGGCUUGCGACGGGUGCGUCGAUGGAACGUGGCGUGGGGCACGGUCUUUCUUUGACAGCAUCUCUCAUGGAUUCAUGCAUGAGAGCUCCUCGUCAAAUUUGAUAUAUAUAUACUUUUAUUAAUAUUUAAUAUUCUAAUUGAUGUCUUUCUUUUU